AUGAUCAAUUUUCAAUUUCAGGUUCCGGCCCCCUGUCAAAAUUGUCGCCGUUUCCAUUACGGAUACUGUCGCGAUGCUCCGAGACAAUGCUGGCGUUGUAAUGAUUACAACCACAUAGAGCGCUAUUGCCCCCGUCGUCGCACAAGAUGGCCUCGCGAUCAAGCACUACCAGGAACUCGUCAAUGGUGUGAUUAUCAUGGCUUGGGCACUGAUGCUACGCUUCGGACCAAGGUUCUUAACGCGUUGAAGGCUUGCCCAAGCUGCAAUAUUUACAUUGAUGAUUAUUGUAUCUACAAAGGUUGUGUAGAACAUCAUUUUCGACGCGAAGAAGUAAGAGGCAGACCUUUGGCAGAGAGAAUGACUCGUCGUAGAUCCAGAUCUCCGAAGCGAGAACAAGUAAAGCGGGGUAGGUCUCGUUCACCAAUCCGUCAAAAAUCGCCACCACCAAUGGAGAGACGGUUCAGGCCUCAGAGACAGUUCUCCCCAGUUCGUCAAGGACGUGGUCGAUCCAGAAGCCCAUUGCGGCAGCGAAGACAGUCACCGCCACGCACACCAAUGCGACCUCGAGGAAGAUCUCCAGUUUUCGGUGUAAAUGGGGCUGCUAACUCUCAAAGUAAUACUGCAACUGCAGAUUUCAAGAUUUCCCAGUCUUCAUAUCUACAAAAUCUAAGUUUGCCUGUCAACCAAAAGCAACUACCAGAGCAAAACAUGCAGCAGAGCAUCGGGAUCUUGGACACUUCGAUUACAACCAACCUCAACUCAUUUCCGAAUUCUCAAGUCCCAUCUGGUACAGUGUCGGCAGAUCCACCCCUACAAGUGAUCGAGAAGGGUGGCUUCAUCCAUAGUGUUGUCGCUCUUCAACAACCACUUCCAAAGGUGCCUCCUAAGAGACAUGACACUGAGGUGUACGUUGAGGAUCCGUAUUUCGUACUAGGAGUCGGAGAAGAAGCUCUCGAGAGGGAGAUUCUAGAGGCCUACCAAAAGCGUAUGUGGGAAGUUGAGCUUGAACGUGUCGCAGACACAAACUACGCAGAAGCUCCUGGACCAGAUAACGUUUGGGAUCAGAGUAUAGCUGUAUUGCGCGCGGCGAAGAAGCAACUUGUGGGAUACUAG